AUGACGUUGCCAAGGGCGCUCAAUGGCCUCCUGUCAUCCCUGUCCACUUCCACUGAAAGGAGAGAGACUGAAGAGAUGGAAAUCAGUCAGCCCGGCCAGCCUGGCUCAGGUGGUCAUGAAGGGCACCCUAAGUCACUCAAGGCUCCCAGAGCUGCCUUUGAGGCAGAAAUACAGAGCAUCUUUGAGGACUCCGGCUCUGUCUGUGGGAAGGAACCUGGGUGCAGCUGGAUGCUUUGUGAAACUUUAAAAAUGUUGCAUCUCUGCCUCUCCCCCUGCACAGGAGCCCUCCUAGGCGCUGAGCCCCUGCAGCUGCAGCAUCCAGCCACCAACCCAGCUUCUGCUGACCACGAUGUCGGGGUCGACGUCAGGGCCGGAGUCGCUCCUGGGAUCCCGCGGCCACCCCCGCCCGCAAACGCCCGCCCGGCCCGACCUACUCACCGCGGCUCCGCGGGGCCCGCCCGGGGCUGCGGCUGUCCCCGCUCCCGGCGCGCAGGACGCCCUCCCCAACGACCCCUAGGGCGCGCUCGGCCUCUCCCGCGAGCCAGGCACCCAGGCCCGGCCCCGCCAGCCCCAGAGGCGGCCCCUUCCGGAGGGCGGCCUCCGGGCCGAGUGCGCCGCUCAGCCGCACCGCACGCCUUCCCCAGCUCGCGCUUCGCGGACUCGACUCGGAGUCUUCGGGCGCCGCGGAGAAAUGCCUGCCCCAGAAAGGGAGGGGCAAAACCUAAGGUGUAUCAAGGUGUCCGGGUGAAGAUCACAGUGAAGGAGCUGCUGCAGCAGAGAAGGGCACACCAGGCAGCCUCGGGGGGAACCCUGUCCGGAGGCAACAGUGUCCACCUUUCAGACCCAGUCCCACCAUCUUCUGCAGGACAGUAUUUUGAGCCUGAACCAAUUCCUUCCACACCCAAUUAUUUCCAACCCCGAGAAUUUUCCAGUUGUGUUUCUUGUGAAGAAAAUCCAGGCUUCCUCGACCAGAUAUUUGAUUCCUACCUUCAGACAGAGACACACCCGGACCCUUCGCCCAGUUCCAUGCAAAGUACUCCACACUAUUUCCCAGACAGCUUCCAGCCUGCCCCUUUCUGCUUUAACCAGAGCCUGACCCCAGGAUGGCCUUCGGAUUCCUCCACUCUCUCUGGUUCCUUAGACGACAGUUACUCUCCUGCUCAGCUGCCUUCAUAUACUCCGGAGAAUUACACCUCUCCCCCUUCUCUGGACACCAGAAACUGUGGCUACCCCUCGGAAGACUACUCCUACCCUCACCUGCCCUCACACACCCAGUACAACUGCUUCUCCUCUGCCACCGCCUCUGUCUGCUGCUGUGCGUCCUGCGAGGCAGAACACUUGGACACCUUCAGAGCUUCAGAGUGUUUUUCUUACCCCAGCACAGACUAUGUGAACUUCACUCCCUCAGCAGCAGCAAGCAGUGAUUUCUGUAGGAGGGAAACAAACUGGGACAUCUGCUAUAGUUAAUAGAAAUCACAUUAGUUUGGAACAUGGCAUGCAUACAUCUAUUUUUUUACCACCUCUAGAUGACAACUUAAAAUAUGCAACCUGCUAACAAAAUAUCACAGGUGCAGUUUACAUGUCACCAUUUUCGAUUUUCUAACACUAGUUGAGGCAUUAAUAUGAAAUUCAGACCCAGUCAUAGUGCCACUCCUACUUUGUACGCUUACAGUUAAAAUUGUUGUAGGGAAUAUUCGUUUUACUUUCUG